AUGAAAAUUCACGUUUUGCAGAAAGAAGUAAUAGAUUUUGCAAAGGGACUGCUCAACGAGAUGAUAGCAGAGAAGCUUGACGUUGAAAACCCUUCCUUUGAUCCAUCAAACCCCAUCUGCAUUGCAGAUUUAGGCUGUUCUGUUGGACCCAACACAUUCUAUGCAGUGAACAACAUCAUUGAAGCCAUUGAACUGAAAUACAAAUCAAACCCUCAAACCCCAUCAUUCCAUGUCUUCUUCAACGACCACACCACCAAUGAUUUCAACACUCUCUUCAAAACCCUCCCCACUAACCGGAAAUACUUCGCCGCCGGAGUCGCGGGUUCUUUCCACCGCCGGUUGUUUCCAAACAGCACCCUUCAUUUUGUUCACUGCUCUGCUGCACUGCACUGGCUCUCAGAAGUACCAAAGGAACUGAAGGAUAGAAACUCUCUUGCAUGGAAUAAAGGAAGUGUUCUACACACAAGCCCAGUGAAAGAGGUUAGAGAGGCAUAUUCAGCUCAGUUCAGGAAAGAUAUGGAGGAGUUUUUAAGUGGUAGAGCACAAGAGCUUGUGCGUGGAGGGUUGAUGGUGCUUAUAGUGCAGGGUUUGCCCGAUGGGGUCCUUCUUUCUGAGACUACUGUGGGUAUGGGGUUCUGUGUACUUGCUUCGUGCCUCGACGACAUGGCUAAGACGGGUGUUGUAAGUGCAGAAAAGGUGGACUCCUUCAACUUGCCUUUCUACCAUCCCUCUUCAAAGGAGUUAAGGGCAUUGAUAGAGACAAAUGGAUAUUUCCAUGUUGAAAGAAUAGAGAAAUUGAGUACCCCCUGGAGACACGAAACACCCGAUCUUCAACUUGUUGGCAUGCAUUUGAGAGCUGUCAUCGGGGGACUAAUUGAGGAACACUUCGGAGAUGAGAUCCUUGACGACUUGUUCCAACGCCACAUUAAGAAACUUGGGGAGAGUGCAUUCAUAUACGAUGAGAAGUACCGUAAAGAGGCUAAUUAUUUUGUGUUUCUCAAGAGAAAAGGUGUUGUAAGUGCAGAAAAGGUGGACUCCUUCAACUUGCCUUUCUACCAUCCCUCUUCAAAGGAGUUAAGGGCAUUGAUAGAGACAAAUGGAUAUUUCCAUGUUGAAAGAAUAGAGAAAUUGAGUACCCCCUGGAGACACGAAACACCCGAUCUUCAACUUGUUGGCAUGCAUUUGAGAGCUGUCAUCGGGGGACUAAUUGAGGAACACUUCGGAGAUGAGAUCCUUGACGACUUGUUCCAACGCCACAUUAAGAAACUUGGGGAGAGUGCAUUCAUAUACGAUGAGAAGUACCGUAAAGAGGCUAAUUAUUUUGUGUUUCUCAAGAGAAAAGUCGCUUGA